AUGACUGUCCACACCGAGCCCCUCGUCCAUCACGAGGNNGAGGCCCACGACGACUCUGACGACUGCGUCUCUGCCGACGACUUCACUCCUUCGCUUCCUACCCUGACCAACCGCCUACCUGAGUCCGAUGCCCGCAGCGUCAGCGAUGUUGAGUCCAUCUCCGGUGACACCAUCAGUGAUGACGCCAGUGAUGCCGAGUACGAUGAGAUCAACUACGACGAAAUCCCCGCUCUCGCCGCUCGUGCUCGCUAUCAGGAAACCGAGCCGUCUGAGGAAGAGAUGGAGCGUGUCAUGAUGAGCGACAGAACCAUCGUCCCCCAANCACCCACCAUGGCUCAACGUAUGCCACACAUGUCUUCCCAGCCCACCAUCAAACCAGACACUACACCUGAGCAUGUCCGUGUCAUCGGCCUGUCCCUCGCCGAGAAGCCUUAUCACUUGCCCAACCGCCCCCUGCGUUUGGUUUACUUUGACCACGACUUCAAGAGCAACAUGAAAGCUGUGACUCUCAUGUCCAAAGUCUAUGGUGCCAUGACUGGCAGUUCAGCUAACGAGGAGGCCAUGUUGGAUGCAGCAUCUCUUGCUGAGUCUGAUGAUGACAUCUUGCGUUCACUUUCCGACCUCCCCACACCUGUCGAAAUCAUUCGCGGCAUCAAGCUCGAUGUUGCUCUCGAUGGAUCUUUGACUCAGAAGCCUGAUUCGAUGGAAUCUGAGCUUGAGAGUGUGAGACCUGAUCUGGUCGUUUUCCAUGGUGCCCACUCCCACGCCGCCUUGGCCACCUUCGCCAAGAAGGUCGCUGACCUCGGUAUCCCAAUGAUGGAGGUCCAGGACGACUCCUUCGACAUCACUGUUGGCGAUGAAGAUUCUACAUGUGUCAUUCCACACACUGCCCAGGGCGACCACUGUCUUCGUCUGUCCGUCGUCUCGAGCUCCGAUGAUGGAGAUGAGGAGUCCUCUAACAAGGAGGUACCCUUAACAGAGAGCGCUUUCCAUGCCCUGGAAGAUGAUGUCUUGAGCCGCCACCUUGCGUACCUUGCCGACAGAGCCAAGAAGCUCGAUAAGCCCGAGACGAACAAGAUGUUUGUCAAGUCUGGUAAGCAGUCGAAGGCACCCAGACUGAUGUCGCUUCUCAAUUCCAUCUACAUCAAGAACGCCGCUCAGAGCCUGUUGGCACUGCUCGUGAUACUCUUCGCCGCCAGCUUACCUGUCCACUUUCUCCGCCAACAGAGUCCUGCCUCGGAAUUGAGCACCCGCGCGCCUCUGCUCCAAGCUGCUCUGAAUGAUUCCGGACUCAACAACAUCAACGCAAGCGACAUCCUUCGCUACCCCGUCACCACCGGUGUUGUCGGCAACUCGACCACUACUGCUGUAGCAUUCCCUACGGCUGUCCACGUUCAUGUCGCCAAGUCGGAUCAACUCAUCGUCUCUCUGCCCAAGGCUUACUGGAAGUCUGCUCAGAUUGGUAUCUUCAAGAACGGCAAGGCACUGACCAACGUCAACAACACGCGUGUCGUUGAUGGGGUGCUAGCUAUCUCGCUGCCUUCUACCGAUGCUUAUGGUCAGGUUCAGAUCAGUGUGCUAUCAACAAACAUGCCUAUGCGCAACGAGACGAUCAAAGUCGACCUUGGCAACCGUCUCCUGCAGCGUGCCACCUACGAGAAUGCCGCGAAAGGUGUUCAGCAAGAUGUCACUGUAGUCCACCACGCCGCCAAGCUUGCCCAAGCUAAGGUCAUCUCUGAUGUUCACUCCGUCUUCAACAUGUCGGUCUAUUGCGUCAGACUUUUUGGCAGCAACAUCCUGGGUGGUGUGAGGUCCACCGGCCAUGCUAUCGGUUCCGCAUCAAACCACACAUCUCAUGGCUUGUCUUACAUGGGCGGUCUGACUUACAACAAGACUUCGGACCUUGGCUCUUUCGUCAAGAGCGCCAUCCCCCAGAGACGUCAUUUUGUCAGAGCCCGUAACAACGCUUUGAAGAUCAGAACACGACUUCUUCGUAAGUCUAGCACUGUCAAGCAGAACAUAGUCAAACCCAAGCCCGGACUUCCUCAAGCUUUGUCGUCCAUGAAGAAGAGAUUCACAGAGCAACUUCCUGGCUUCAUCGCUCUCAAGAAGUCUACUCCUGCUAAGCAGCGCAGCAAGGCUUCCCAAACAGCCAACAAGGUGAAGUUGACUGUCAAGACAGUCGUUGAACCCAAGACGAAGAAGGCUGCCUCAUUGGCGACUGACACGGUCAAGAUCCCCAAGGGUCGCAAGCAGUGCAAGAACACUGACAAGAAGCUCAAGUCAUCGUGUGUUUGA